AUCUUCUCUCGCGCAGCUUUCUACAAACUGCAUAUUUUUUCAUAGUUUUCUUUCAUCUUCUUCUCUGUCUUUGCCAGUACCAACUACCAAGGCUUAUCUUUUCGAUCCAAACGAACCCAUAUUACACAAUCUGAAACCAAACUAUAAAAAACUUCAGUUUUUCUUGGUGGGGUUUUUUUGUGUGUUUUCAUUGGGAUUGGACUGGUUUCUUUUGAUCAAAGAUUCUUUUUGGUGUUAGGGUUUAUGCAUCAAAAUAACGAUCUUCAAUAAGAUAGCAAAAACUUUAUGAUGCUGGAGGGUGGACUGGUGGAGCGAAGAAAGGAUAUUAUGACAAUAAGGCAUGUAAACAACAAGGUGAGGUACGUGAACAAGGCAAUCAAGAAGAACAGAUCAUACAAGAAGAGAAAAGAUCAGUCUGUUGUUCCAAGCGUUCCUGAAAUGCUGCAAGAGCUGUUUGUUACUUGUAGGGGAGUCUUUAAAGGCUCUGGAACCGUUCCUUCUCCUCCUGAUGUAAACAAGCUACGCAGCAUUCUUGAUAAGAUGAAGCCAGAAGAUUUUGGGCUUAGUAGAGAUCUAGAGUUCUUCAAGGCUACCGGCGCUGUGAAAGGAAAUCCAAGGGUCACAAAUACAACCAUAUACCAAUGUGAUGAGUUUUCGAUGUGCAUAUUCUUUCUUCCAGCAACUGCUGUCAUCCCUCUCCAUAACCAUCCAGGGAUGACUGUUUUCAGCAAGCUUUUACUAGGAAAAAUGCAUAUAAAAUCCUAUGAUUGGGUUGAUCCUGUCAAUUCUGAAGACUCUAUGCCACCCAACUCCAAAUUAAGAUUGGCAAGGUUGAAGGCCAAUAGUGUCUUUACUGCCCCAUGCGACACCUCCGUCUUGUAUCCUACAACGGGAGGUAAUAUCCAUCAAUUCACAGCGAUAACACCUUGUGCAGUGCUUGAUGUUCUUGGUCCUCCUUAUUCUAAAGAAGACGAUCGCGAUUGCUCCUAUUACAAAGAUAUCCCAUACUCAGCUUUCUCGAAUGGAGAAACUAGAGUGAGUGAAGAAGAGAUUGAAGAUUUUGGAUGGUUGGAAAAAAUUGAAGCGCCAAAGAAUUCAAGGAUGGAUAGCAUUGAGUACUUGGGUCCUCAGAUCAUAGAAACCAGUUACUAAGAAUGUCCGAUGAAAAUAGUUAUAAGAAAGUCCGAUAAAGAUGGGAGAAACAGUCCUCAAUUGGUGGUGUAAAGUGCUGGAGUUUUAGCUGGACUUUUUGUUAAAGUGAUCAGAAAUGUUGAAUUCUUAAUUUCAGUAAUCACAGAGUAUCAGGUGCAAAUUCAGCUUCAAUUACCUUUAAAAAGUUAGAUGUUAAUUACCUUUCAUAAGAAAACGAUAAAAAGUUACAAAAAAAGAAAACAACGAAAUUAUGGUCAAGUUUGGCAAGAUACAAUUGUUUUAUUCCGUUGGUGCUUUGAAAGUUAGCCUUGUAAAUGGUGGAAAUAGCAGUGUUUUUUUGAAUGGUGUUGAUGAAAUGGUUACGUACUUUUGCUUUGAGCAACUGGAGGUAUUGUUGGUUUGAUCGGUUAGGCUCAUGGUUUAUGAAAAAUUUUCCUGUAGCUUGAGAAAAGACUUGGGCUCCAAAUAUUUAGUCAAUUUUGGUGAAAAGGUUGGUUUAUAUUAAUAACUCUUCUCAUAUACCACCUUUUUUUCAUUGGGGUUUGACAUUUUCUUUGUCUAGACUUAUCCAUAGAUAUUUUUCUUGCAAAUUAAGGUACAAGAAAAUAUUAUUAUAUAUUAUAUAUAAUAAUCUCUUACAGUUUCAAAUAUCAUAAUAUAUAAUAAUAUAAUAGAUAAUGCAUUAGACGUAGUUCCAUGCAUUCACGUCAGUAAUUGAAUCUUGGAAGUUUCAUAUUGAUGAUAAAAAUUCUUAAAAUAAUAAAAAAAAUUGCCAUCCAUUUUUAUUUGACAAAAUUGGACGUGAAAAAUAAAAAUAAAAAGGAAAGAUGAGCAAAAUGGAGGAAAAAAAAAGGAAAGAGUAAAUUCCAAUAGAAGGUGCAUGGCCUUUUGGGUGUAAAAGAAUGUCUGUCCCUUCUUAAAAUAAAAAAUAAAAAUCAUGUACUAACUGGGCCAUUCAAAAACAUUCAAAUUCUCUGGUAAGUAAAGUUUUUGAUGAUUUAUCUGCUUAAUUUAGUUUAGCUAGGCAGGCUGUGUUACCAAAGUCUUAACUCGUGUCAAUUGGGCUGUGCAGAUGGAGAAACUAGAGUGAGUGAAGAAGAGAUUGAAGAUUUUGGAUGGUUGGAAAAAAUUGAAGCGCCAGAGAAUUCAAGGAUGGAUAGCAUUGACUACUUGGGUCCUCAGAUCAUAGAAACCAGUUACUAAGAAUGUCUUAUGAAAAUAGUUAUAAAAAAGUCCGAUAAAGAUAGGAGAAACAGUCCUCAACUGGUGGUGUAAAGUGCUGAACGCUGGAGUUUUAGCUAGACUUUUUGUUUAAGUGAUCAGAAAUGUUGAAUUCUUCAUAGCGAAUCAGUUACAAAUUCAGCCUCAAUUACUUUAAAAAGGUUAGAUGUUCAUUAUCUUUCAUAAGAAAAAGACAAAAGUUACAAAAAAAAAGAAAACAAUGAAAUUAUGGUCAACUUUGGCAAGAUAUAUUUAUUUUAUUCCGUUGGUGCUUUGAAAUUUAGCCUUGUAAAUAGUGGAAACAGAAGUGUUUUUUAAAAUGAUAUUUAUGAAAUGGUUACGUACUUUGCUUUGAGCAACUGGAGGUAUUGUUGGUUUGACAGGUUGGGCUCAUGGUUUAUGAAAAUUUUUCCUGUGGUUUGAGAAAAGACUCGAGGCUCAAAAGAUUUAGCCAAUUUUGAUGAAAAGGUCGGUUUGUACUAAUAACUUUUAUCAUAUGCCACCUUUGUUUCAUUGUGGUUUGACAUUUUCUUUAUAUAGACUUAUCCAUAGAUAUUUUUCCUGCAAAUUAA